GAGCCAUUGUUAUGGAUUAUUAUCGGUGUUUCUCUUUUAUUAAUCGUUGCUUUGGUUUUGAUAUGUCUGAGAUACGGAUACCGCAAGUCAAAGGAUUGUCGAAAAACAUGUUUGGGACUUACCAAGACAUUUCAAAGAAAAGGACAAGCGACUCGUCAUGGCGAUGAUAUAUCACUCAGCUCCAACAUGUCUACUUCUAAAAAACAUCUACAUGUCAACUCAUCACAGGUAAGCCUAAAUCCACCUGAACCCGACAGACAGGACGAACAACAAAGUAGGGUUAAAGGAGGAGAUACUUCUGUAGCAAUGCUCUCACUGGUUGAAUGCGCUACGGUCAACAAGGGUAAUCACGACACUCGAGAUUCGUCUACAGACCUCAUCAAAUGCGGAUCAUGGACAGAUGAUUUUUACACUGACAUACCCACCAAGUUGACUCAGAUCCCAUCGUGUGUUAAAUCACAAACCAUGAAGAACCGACCACUCCCGGACCGUCCAAAGGAUGGAUUGAUCAAACCUCCUAUACCUCCACGCAAGGCUCAUACCUUAACUCGAACUGAUCAGCUGAGAAAUUCUGACACGUACCACAAGCCUUGUACGCCAAAUGAUAUUCACUCUUCGCCUACUUCUAUUCGGGGGAAGACACAGACAACCAAGAAGGCACCCGGUGGGUCCACGCCCUACGUGAAGCCCAAAAGCAAGCGUUAUCAGAAUAAUGGCUUCCCGAAAAACAAAGAUGAAAAUAACCUUGAAGAAGGUACCGGUACUGAAUCAAGGCAACACCUGGGCGGCAACCAAGUACCUCGAAGUUCUUCAGAUGUGUCACCAUCAGAAAAUAUUUCUGACGUACCCAGAAGUCAAACCAACCAAGACCAAGAUAAACCUAGCUUUUGUGGAGAAGGUAUGAAUGAUGAAUCUAAUUCUUCUCGUCAAAACGCCCCUAUUGUUCAAGAUGUAGUAUAUUGUGAUAUUGAGGAAAGAUGUCCACCGAAUACAGACCAAGUGUCCAAGGGAAUCCUUGAAACUGAAGGAUUCAAUAAAAAUGAGAAAUCAUCUAACAUUCAACAAUCUUGUAACAUGUAUCACACAUUGGACUCGACAAACUCUAAUGAGAGUCCAGUUGCUUGUCCAGAAUAUGAAGGUAUUGAUAACAUGGGUAGAACCGAUAGCUGCGAUUUUUCGUAUGAUCAUUUUAACUUCUUUAAUGUCAAGUAAUUAGCAAUGUAACUUCAUGCUUCAAAAGCAGACACAAUGAAGGUUAAACUCUCACUCCAUAAAUAUGGUUGUUUAAUAAUGAUAAUAAUAAUUGUACAUUUAUAUUGCGCAAGUUCUGUUCUCAACUGCGCAUUGUAAUAAUCUUUUUAUAAUGGAUACAGUUAAAAUUUAUCAAACAUUAAUAUUUGUUAUAUAUGAUAUGGACUUUCGAUAUAAAUACGCAUAUUUAAAUGCGUGACAUUGACUUUUUUUAUCUUGCAAUAUGUAUAAUCAUUAUUCAAUUGUGUGCAAAUGUCGUGACUCGUGCCAAAAUGUAUCAAUAAAACAAACCACAAUCAAAAAUAAAGAAUAAUAAUAUAUCACAGGACCAGGUUGAUAUUGCUUGCUCUUUAUCGUUAUGUACGUGCAUAGUUCAGCACCCAGUAUAUCAUGUAGCGAUAAAGAAACUCAGCUUUUGCACUUUUAACGUACCAUAGCGGAUGUAGCGUUUCAGUGGGUCUAAAUAGAGAUGGUUUUCAUACCUAUGGCGAUUUAUGCUCAUUUCCAAAGAAUCAUCUAAUUUAUGUUGUAGAGUUGAUCUUUACUGUAAGCUAAUUGUCCCCAGAUUAUCACCAUCAUCAUCAUUAUCAUCAUCAUCUACAUGGGAGUGUAGGUAGUCCUGUAAUAACAUGAAUAGGCCUAAUAACGAGAAAUGAUAUAUCAUAGAGCUAUUAUAUAAAUUAUAUAGUCACUAUAUAGAAUCGCAAAUAGCAUACAGUUAUAUUUAUAAUACAAAAAUGCUAAUAUUGCCCUAAAUCUUGUAGAAUAAAUUUGUGAUUAAUAAAACAAUUUCUGAACGUAAAAUCGUUCAUAAUCUGCAAAUGUUCUGAUAAGAAAAUGAAAAGGUAUAUAUUCACAAAGAAAUGUAUACAUUCACACAAAGUGCACAUUCAAGCUGUAAGAGAGAAAUAGCGGCGAUAUAAUUUUUUUUUGGAAGAGAGAAAAAGAGACGUCCUCAAAAUGAUGUAAAUACGCUUGUUGAAGAGAAAACGAGAUAAUAUUCUUUCUACUGUAUCGUUUCUGUAUUUAUGUGAAAGGAAGUACAUUUUCUUAUCAUUAGAUAUUUUAAUGUGUCUGAUUAUGUCACAAGUGUUUGUCAGGAGAUGAAAAUAUCUCGCAAUCUUCUUGAUGAAAUAAAUGUUGAAUAAUUAUAUUACAACUUGCGUAGAGACCGUUUAGAUUAAUACGAAUAACGAUUGGCGGAAGUUUCUAUGACAAUGAAUGUAUUGAUAAUUCUUGAAAUAUCUGAUAGUUAUCGAUCGUUAAAGGACAAGUCCACCCUAACAAAAACUUGAUUUGAAUAAAAAGA